AUGCCUAAUGAAAAAUUAGAUUUAAGAAUUCAACUAGAGCAAGAAUUCUCUUCAUCGGUUAUCAUAUGUGGUUGUGACCUUUGUCACGCUAGACUUUAUGUUUCAGAGAAACAAAGUGUUGACGAUUAUUAUUCUUGUGUAGCUGAUCAAACCGACGCUUUUUAUCUACUUCCAAUACCCAAACUCAUAAAUCUGUACCCUCAAACUUUAAAUAUGUCAGUGAUGCACCCAUUGCUUUGUCAGAUGCCACUAACUACAGACUUGACGUCGUUAAAUUGCAACCAGUAUGAAAAAUGUGCAUUUCCACUUAGGAAUAAGGUGGAUUUAGAUACUCCGUCUUUUUCAAACUUGUUAAACAACUCGUGGCGUUGUUCAGUUGGAUCUUCAUCUCUAGAAUGGGAUCUAAAUGCACGCACAACACCUUCAAUACCACAAGCGUAUAUAUCGAAAGAUUCUAUUCUGCAUAUCCGUCUAUCAAAUUAUGUUUCUGUUGAAAGAUCCCUAUGUGCAUAUCGUCUUAUUAAUUACAGAAACAACUCUGCAUUGGCAUUAAAUGAAAGUGGACAAUAUGGGUAUGCCUAUCAUUAUAAUUGUCACGGUCUCAUAAAUAUGCAUCGCGGAAAGUUGUCUAUAACCUUUGAUAAAGACCGUCAAGUACUUCUAAGAAGUGAGAAACCAAGUUUCGUUAAAAAUGAAGUGGAAUUUUAUACACUUAGAUCGCAUCAUUGGACAGCAUGUAGACCUGUGUCUAUGGAUACAUUUGACAGAGACGAAACUCCAGAAAUUUUGAAAAAAUCAGAUUCAGGAAAAUCACAUGAUGAUACUAAGCUGCGUGAACUAGUUACUUCUUCUGAAGUUCAUAAAGACGGUUGUGGGAUGAUAAUCUUUCUAGGAGACUCAAAGAUUGAACAAAAAGUAAAUGGAGAUGUCAUUUUAAGUUGGGUUCAUGAAGAUCGAUCCAAUUCUCUUCUUGUUUCACCACUAUCAGGAAGUUUCAGUUUAUCAACUAAAAAUUUAGAGAUUCUGGCUACUCCAAAAGCUGAAACAUAUAUUUCCUUCACAGAUUUUUUUGUUCAUGUCGGAAGUCAACAGAUGACUGUCAGUAGUGGAGCAGUAUCAGGGAAAUGCAAUUUUAGCAAAGGUCAUCUAUGUCUUCUAAGAUUAACCAGUAGGUCGAUAGAAAGUCAAGGAUCGGAAACGCGUCAGUACUGUGCUUACUCACAGCUUAUAAAUCAAAAUGCUAGACAAAAUUCAUCAAACAAACCUUGGCGUCAUUCUCAUUCGGCGAAUUCUUUGA